AUGGCAUCGUACGCGAGGGGAAACUUCGACCUCGCGGCUCUCAUGUCGCAGCAGCGGUUUCUGCGGCAGCAGGAGCAGCAAUUGAAGGCGGAAGUGCUGCGUCUGUCGCGCACGACGCCAUUUGCCCUCCCUCAGGACAGACCGUUGCCUCCCCCGCCACCUCAGCAGCCAAUUGAGAGGCGCAUUAAACCCUCAGCUCCCAGCGGCUGGCAGGUUCAGGCCGGCGAUGUGGGCGUCUUGGAAGGCGGACCUGGCUGUCCUCGCAGCUCGUGGAGAUUGGGAGACCGACGGGAAGACGGGGAACCCGGCGGUAUGGCGGCAGCAAUCGCGCGUAGACAGCAAGAGCUGCAGCAGCAGCAGAGAGAACGACAGCAACUUCUGCAGCAACAGAGAUCCAUGCAGCGCCCUGCAUCCUGGGGGGCUUCCAUGGAAGAUCUGCCUCGUGACGGCCACGAAGGCAGCCCAUACACCUUCCCCACUUCUUCUCAAGAGAGUUUCCCAGGGUUGUCGCGGUUUCCCCGUUCGGCAACAGUUUCAUUGGCUUGGGGAGAGGCGGAGCAGGGUGUUUCAAGAGCAGAGAAGAGACAUCUGGCCCGGAUCAGCCCCUCUUCCUUGCCUGCUGCUGGUAUGCCGAGUGGAGGAGGCAGGAGGAAGGGGGAAGAUGGAUGCCCAACGGGGCAACGACGACGCCAAGUCCUCCCGGGAUACGCAGCCGCUGCCUCUUCGCCUCUGCUGCAUGAAGCGGACGCGUGGCCACUGCAUGCAGCCCCGCGAGGUGAUUCGAGAGAGGCACGUUCGAACAAUUUACCUUGUGGCUAUGCAGCGGCUGUGGGGGGAAGGGCUUCUCAGGGCCCCACCGGCUUCAACGUGCCGUCCACGCUGCCGCCUUCCCUCCAUCACGAGCCAGAGGGCUUCGGCUUUCUGAGCCCGACGCCCUUGUAUCAAGAAAACAAUUCUAAGGACGUUUUUGUGCAUGCAGCAGGUCUUCCAUCCCAGCACUGCUCGCGCAACGACGGGAGCGCCGCCUUGGGUCCUCCUCGUGUCGGGUGGAAUGAUCAACAGCUCCGCCCGUCAGAGAACCAGAAAGGAAAACAAAUAUCACAGCAUGCAGGGCAGAGAGGGGCCUCGCCCAUAAAAAGACGGCCAGUUGACUACACUGCGGAAGUUGCAGCGGGAAAACCUUCGUCUCAGCUGGGCAGCGACAUGUGGGGCUUUCGGCAGUCUUUGCGCGCUUCUGACGAACUCAAGACAAGUGUAGGCAGACAGGCGCCGCAUACGCGGGCAGCCGCAGCUACCAUUUCCACCAACAUGACCCCUCACUUUGCUGCUGCUACUGCUUCAGCCGCCACUGACGACGAGGAAACCCUCAAGAGGAUGGGUGUCAACGCCUCCCCCAGAGAGCUGCUCUUCUUCAGGAAGCAGCUGAACGGGAGGGUAACCCAGCAGCGGCAGCGGUCGACUUCGAGGCGAAGUCGCAGCAACAACUCCCCAGCAGCAGACAGACGAGAAAUAACUGCGCCUCCUCUCGAGCGCGGUGGCUGUGGAGGAGGUGGGCAUUUCAGCAGAGACGUUGACACCACGCUUUCAGCACCGAAUCCGGGUGUAUGGGCACUGCCUUCUUGGAUGAGGGCCUACGGGGUGUCAGGAAGCCCCUCUCCGCCUUACGUACACCGCGAAGAUGGAAGGCGGCAGCGUCGCUUUCCCCCUUCCAGUUGUUCUGCUGCCCCCCAGGCAGAGCGGUCCCAACUGUGGCCAACUGACUGUCUCGAGGAGCCUCCACUGCCUGGCUGGGCCGAAGAUGCAGGCGAUAUGCGAUGUGGCUGCCGCUGCUGCCGCAUGAGAGCAACGCAUGCGCAGGAACCCGGAAUAAGCCCCACAGCCGACCUCCCGUGCUGCUGCUGCCCCUGCUGCAGCUGGUGGCGUAUGGAGGGUGAGGGCCCCCCAAUUGUUGCUUCCUCGAACAAAGGCCUCUAUGCAGACAAAACAAAAGAAGAAAACGACGGGGGAGCGCCUGCAGCUCUACCUGCGCAGGCAGGCAAAUGUUCCCGCUGCGGCAAGCGAUCGUCAGUAGCAGCCAGCAGACUUCAUGCACCUCAGCCAGGAGUUGCUGUGUCUAUCGCAGUAGACGACCGCCUCCCUCUCGAGCAGGCCGCUUCUCUAUGCACUGCCUGUGCUGCCUAUCUUGCAUGCGAGCGGGAGGCACAGGAGGCAGCGCUGGCGCCUCGAUCCGGGGCUGCGGCCCAUACGGGGGAUCCUUCGCCUGUAGUUGCGCAUUCAGCAGAUAACAACCCUUCUCCCCUAGCCGUACAAACGGCUGCAAGCAGCUCUAACCAACAGGAUCAACAGGAAGACUCUGCCGAAGCUGCAGCGACCAAGGAGGAACAAAAAGAACCGGAGUCAGAACAGAACGUCCGGUUGUCAGCUGCAAGGCAGCUCUGCACCUCUUCAGAGGGUCCUCCUGAAUCCAACAGGGUUUGGGAGAACCCUCGAGUGGUGUCAAAGAUUUGCCAGUAUCUGUCGCUGUCGAAGCUGCUGCUGGUCCGGCGCUGCAACAAGACAUUUCUCCAGGCGGCGCAGUACCGCAUGCGUUUUGUUCUGUACAACUCGUUGUUCCUGCUGAUGCACGAAGCAGAGGCGGGAGCUGCUGCUGCCCAGCUGCAGCAGACGAAGACCAAGGAGGGGCAGCACUGCCCUCUAUCAGCAGACGCCCUGAUUCAGCUGCUAGGUCUUGAUGAAAUAGAAGUGGAGGAAGUGCGCGCCGGGAACCUGCCGUCUGCAUGCCCUCCGGAAGCUGCAACGCCGCGCAUGCAAGAUGUUGCAGCAGCGCUUCUCAAAUCGUUGGCCGACUUAAAGGCAACGAAGGAAACGAAAUCUCCAGGCAAGCCCAAGGGCUUGAAAGGCCAGCCUAUAACCCGCAAGCACCAAAUGCAACCAGCCCAGCCCCCCCCAGCACCCUCCAGGAAGUACGCUACACAGUCAGGCAAGCAAAACGGGCUGACGAAGCCAGAGGUCCAGCAGCAAGAGCGGCUGCAGCAGCAGCAGCUGGAGCAGCAGCUGCUAGAUGCGCACAUGGCGAAGCAGCAGGCGCAGGAAGAGGCGUACCUGAAGAUGGUGCAGGAUCAGUUCGAUCGGCCUGUGAACUUCGGCUACGACGAAGCUGCUGGGCCAGUUGCUGCACCUUGUGCAUUACCAUUUGAACAGAGCAUCACUGGAUCGCCUGAGCCUGCGACAUUCAGACGAGUGCGACAUGCGUUUCUAAAACUCUGGAAUUACGAUGAUGAGGCAUUUCGGCAAGCCCUCAUUCGCGCGACGACCACCUCGUAUCCAACUUGGCUCUUUGACGUUUCAGCUUUGUUGCUGAGGGCCGUAUUUCAGCUUUGUUGCAACUCACUUUCUGCGCCUCCACUGAAAGAGUUGAUCCCCUUGUUCUCGCCUAAACGUCGGCCUCCGUCUAAGGUUGACGUGCCCUGCAGAUCUGACAGCUACCUGUGGGCCAAGAUGGCUCGCGUCUCGGGCUAUGCAAUGCACCUGAUUAGCGAUCAAGCCUGGCCGCCUUUGAGGGACCCCGUGGUGCGACUGGUGGCUCAGCCGUUUAUAUCUCCGGAUGUGCUGACGAGAGGGUCGGGGGUUGACCCACACGCACUCUAUGAUGCUGCAGCGGGGGGGAUUGCAGUGACACCGUUGGUGCUACGGCCUGUUGUGGUGGAUUCGUUGGAAGUGAAGAUGUCGAAGGUUUCCCCGGAGUUCAUUUCAGAGUUCCUUGAGUACGGCAGGCAGCAGCAACUCAUUCACUCUGCAGAACACCCGCGUUCGAUGCACGGGGGAGUGCGUCAGUUCAAGGCGUCUUCAGAGCUUAUUUUGAUGAUGGAUUUGUACGAGUGGCUGGCUUCGGUGUUGACGCACAUGCAAAACACCGAAGACCUGCCCAUCAUGAGAGAAAAAACGUCUUUUAGUUUGUGUGCUUCACGAUCUGAGAACUUCCGAAGGAACGGGGCCGAGACAGGUUCGGACUCCAGCGAAGAUACAAGCUGCUCCAAGAAGUCCUCAAAAGAAGCAACCGCUGCUUUCUUCAUCACCAGCAGUCGGUGA